GUCGAUGCUCGAAAGAGCAGGAGAAACUUCCGCUUGAGAGGGAGAGCAAGCGCACAUGGAGAUAAGAAAAUGCGCUUAUUAGGUGGCAUGCACUGGCACUGGGACUUCUGCUGUGUUGUUAUUGUUUGGCUUUUGUGAUUAGUGUUAAGAUCCCGCCAAAAAUGUUGCCGCCGCGUGUGUUUUGUUAUUUGGUAUGUCGUGUAGUUUUUGAACAAAUGGUCCCACCUCUUGUUUUAGGAUCUUUGAAUGUCCUGUCCUCCUCCUGUACUUUGUGCAGCGCAGCAUGUUUAAGGGUUAAGUAAGCGCCAUGCGAUAGAAUCAUUGCGGUUUUAAUCAAGUCUGUUUAUCGGAAUAGGAUCCACACAAUUUUUUGAAUUUGGGGACGUAUGUGAUUAAAACUGAUUCUAUAUGGUGCUGCUGAGGACUAGUUUUUAGAAUAUGUAGGAAGAAUUAGGAUUCAUGGAUCUCGCAUUCUGUAGAUCUUCUGUCGUAGUAUACCUUAAUGUACAGAGACGGAGUCAUUAUGAACACUUCCAUUCCAUUCCCCGAUGUUCCUAUGAGGCUUGCAAACUUAAUUCUUCCAAAACCAGUUUGGAGACAUCUGUUCAAUGGGACUCUGCAGAAUGAUAUGGUUGGUAUGUUUGUUGGGUAUUCAAAUGCAUUCUAUAUAAUUUUUGCUAAAUCCAAGUCUUAAACAAUGAAAUUGGGAUUUUUGUUCAAAUAACAUUCAGCUUUUGGAUUACAAAGAUAGAUAUUCUGGGAUUUGGGCUUAAGCCGUGGUCUAUCCCAUAUAGUUUUCAGCCACUAGUACUGCAUGAUUAAUGAUUAGUUUGCCUGCCGAUGUCAAAACCUGUAUCUAUCCACCCUUAUUUUUAUGAUUACGGCCGGGAAAAUAACGAAAGUCGAAAACUCAAAUGACCAGAAAAGCCAAAGCUAUGUGAGAGAAAAAAAUCUAACCCAAGCACCUGAAUGUGUGGAUAAUAUUUGCCACAACCAAACGAGUGGACAUCCUUUUUAUCACUGAGAUUUCUUGAUAAUUCAAUCGACACUCCUCCCCUGUUUCUGCUUUCCAGCAUCUCCAAUCCUCUCUCCAUUCACUGCCACUUCCUUCUCACUCACAUACUCUCACCUUCCAUGGCUGCAAUCACAAAUCUAUUAUCAAAUUCACCUUCAUCUCUCUCACCCAUCCCCAGAAUCAACCCUCUAAUUACCUCCUUCCCUCUCUACGCAUUACCCAGCAAAUCUAAACCUCAGCAAUUCCACCUAAUAAGCACAAACAGAGCAAGCAGAGCAGACUUGACUAUAAAGGCCACAGCCGCAGCAAGAACAAAGAAAACACCAAGUGAUGAAAGAGUAAAACGAGUUCACAGCAUAGAAGAAUUCGAUGAAGCCCUUAAAUCCGCUAAAAACAGGCUCGUAGUGGUAGAAUACGCGGCGAGCCACAGCCAGCAGAGCAGCAAAAUCUACCCGUUCAUGGUCGAGCUCAGUAGGACCUGCGGUGAUGUUGAUUUCCUUCUCGUAAUGGGCGAUGAAUCGGAAAAAACAACAGAGCUCUGUAAAAGGGAGCAGGUCGAGAAGUUUCCACACUUCAGUUUCUACAAAAGCAUGGAAAAGGUUCACGAAGAGGAAGGGAUUGGGCCGGAUCAGCUUAUGGGGGAUGUGUUAUACUACGGUGACAGUCACUCCGGUGUGGAGCAGUUGCACUGCAGGGAAGAUGUGGAGAAAUUGAUCGAGGAUCACAAGGCGGAUCAUAAGCUGAUCGUGCUGGAUGUGGGACUGAAGCAUUGUGGGCCAUGUGUGAAAGUUUAUCCAACGGUGAUUAAGCUGUCACGGCAGAUGGAUUCGGUGGUGUUUGCGAGAAUGAACGGUGAUGAGAAUGAGAGCUGUAUGAAGUUCUUGAAGGACAUGAAUGUUAUUGAAGUGCCGACGUUUUUGUUUAUUAGAGAUGGAGAGAUUUGUGGAAGGUAUGUUGGGUCUGGGAAAGGCGAGCUUAUUGGUGAGAUUCUUAGAUAUCAAGGUGUUCGUGUCACAUAUUGAUGAUUUUGUCACAUAUUCAAUACUCAAAUGAAUAGUUUAUUUUA